UCAGCACGUGAUGAAUGACGUCAAAAGCCGGUGCCUCUAAAGUGUAGUGACCUUCUUUGCGACCGCCAGAAGGAAACAGCUCUACGGUCUCGGAAGGCAACACACAGCCACAUCGGAGUCUUUUCAAGCGUAUUUUAGCAAAGAGUUGACAAUGGGAGACAUUGACAAAGGGAAGAAAACUUUUGUGCAGAAGUGUGCCCAGUGCCACACAGUCGAGGAAGGGGGCAAGCACAAGGUGGGCCCAAACCUGUGGGGUCUGUUCGGACGCAAGACUGGACAGGCAGAGGGCUAUUCCUACACGGACGCCAACAAGAGCAAAGGUAUCGUGUGGAAUGAUGACACCCUGAUGGUGUAUCUCGAGAACCCCAAGAAGUACAUUCCUGGAACCAAAAUGAUUUUCGCUGGCAUUAAAAAGAAGGGAGAGCGCCAGGAUCUCGUGGCAUACCUUAAGUCAGCAACAUCAUGAAGAACGCAUCAAAUCUGAAAAUAUUUAAUAUUAUUUUAUUGUCUUUUUUUUUCUUCUUUCUUUUUAAGGCUUGCACAAGAUCCAAUCAUAGUCUUAUGUUUAGUCAUUUAUAGAGCAGAAUUAGAAAAGUGGUCACAAUGUGUCACUUCUAUCAUGGGUUGAGUAGUCUGUCAAAUGGCCAAACAUAAAACUCCUUUUGUGAAUCUGUACUUCUGCUAAUCACGUUACUUAACAGUGCUUGCAAUGAUGGGUUGCCUGUCCUGUUGUACAUUUAUUGUGUUCCAUGAUGACAUGCUGUGGUACUUUCUGCGGGAGCAGAGCCAUCCGCCAUCAACCUCAUCAACACAACUCAUCAGUCCGUUACAUCAAAGUGGUACAGGGUGGACAGAAUUUCAGUGGUUCCCUGGUGCUAAAAUGAAAUGGUCUCCCAGAUUUGACACCCACUGGAGAUUCUGACUUCUAUGAAGGAUCUACAUGGACACUGUGUGAAUGUUCAGUACCCUUUGCUGCGGACCAGGACUCCUGACAGGGCCUGCUCUCCUAGGUUAUCAAAGUAGCCCUCUAACUUUGUUUUAACUCCUCAUCAGACUCAGGAUGAGAUUCUUUUAGGUCGACACACUGCCUGCCUUCUUGCAGCUAUGAAUUUUGGAGGAUAAAUAUGUAUCUAUGUAUGUAUAUGCCUUCAAAGAUAAUACCAUAAAUGACAUACAAAUGACCAUGCCUGACUGUAAUGUGGCUACUGUAUCUGUAAUGCUAUCAGUGAUACCAUCUGGAGCAGAAAUGUUGAUAAUUUACCUGGUUUCACAGGCGUGAAGAGACUAUGUUUAACUUAUUUUACUGUAAUCUGACUGAAGCUGUAAAGUAUCUGACUGGGCUGCACCCUGUCAGUGUGGGUACGCAGCGAUUAUACUGUAUGCACAUAAAGGAUGUUCAAAUGUGGUAGCUAUGUUGUGUGGUUGUGGACAGGAUGGUUGAAGGAUCAAUUAAAGGAAAACGUCCAGUAAUAUAAAUGCU